AACUGGAUUAUCAUGAAUUGUUGAUGAUCAUCUCUUGCAUGUGCUCGCAUAUGACUGAUUUCAGCCAACAGUCAGAAUGGAGAGGAGAGAAAUCUCAGGUUGUAAUUCUGAUGGCGGACUUAACACACUGAUUUGUCAGGAGGACUUGCAGGAUGAGGAGUAUCCUUACCCCUACUCUAACCAAGACAGGCAACAAGUAUCUACGUCCAGAAUGACCCCUUGGAGACAUUGCAGACUGGCUGCAGUGAGCCUGGCGCUACUCGCUGCUGUUCUACUAAUAGUUGAUAUCAGCCUGGGGGUCCACUACAACCAACUCAAAGAUACCCACCUCACACUUGAUGAUACAGAACGCAUCGGCAAUGAGUUGACCAAACUCCAGGAUACUUACAAGGCUGCAAUCAAAAACAUGACAGGUUACAAGAAGCAACUGGACAGUGAGCUGAGUCGUCAAACACAAACCAACUGGGAGCUUGAACACCAGACAAAAAGAAGCACAGACUAUCAAGGGCAAUUUGUUAAAAUGAAUAAGGACAUUGCAGCACUGAGAUCCCACUUACCAAUGAUUAAUGAUGGCUGCAGACACUGUCCACCAGGAUGGAUUUUGAUGAACUCAUUGUGUUACUACUUCUCUUUCUCUGACAAUGCUGGAAUAAAAUCAUGGCAAAAAGCCAGAAACUUCUGCCAGAUGUAUGGCGGUGACCUUGCAGUCAUAGACACCAAAGACAAAGAGAACUCAACUGUAAAUCUCUUGAUACAUAAGAAAGACCCCUCAAAAUCCCUUGCGGGCUUCUGGAUUGGACUGAGAGAUGUUCACGAGGAAGGGACUUGGAAAUGGCUGGAUGGAACAACACUGGUUGAGGGGUACUGGAACGAUGGAGAACCAAAUGAUGUCAACAAUGAGGACUGUGCAGCGGUGUAUCCCAGAGAAAACUUCUUCAAGGCUUGGAAUGAUGUUGGAUGUGCAAACGCAAUGAAAUGGAUUUGUGAAAAAGCACCAACUAUGAGUUAACAGUGUAUGUUUACUGCAUUUGCUUUCAAGCUUAACUGUUUGCAUAAAGAGUUGACUCCACCUUAGAGACUUUUAGACGUCUUCUGAAAUUUUCUGUAAUGAAGGACAGAAUCUUCAGCCUGAUUCUUUACCAAAUCAGUACUUUGAUUAUGUGCAUGUUACUAUUACACAAAUCUCUGUAAGCACAAUUGAAUAAACUGGUAAGACUUUACCUCCUAGUCCCCCUACUUAGCAUCUAAGCAGUAAAUAAAUAUUUAAUAAAUGGUUUAUAACACACUAUAAUGUAGUUGUACGCAGGUAUAAGAACAUUUUUUAAGUGUUUAUACACUAUAUUAAUGUACAGUACACUACAUUGAUAAAGUACAGUAUUAAGUGAUAACUUGUCCUAUGAAGACACAAAGUAUGUUAUACUGUAUUAUUACCACUGUGUUUUACUAUACUGUCAUUCAUCAUCUAUAUAUACACCAGCGUUCACCUAUGUGUGAGUUAUGGUUGUGGACAAAUACAUUAAUAAACACUUACUGUAUAUCUGCUUAUAACAGCAUUAUAGUGUGUUAUAAACCAUUUAUUUGAUGUUCAUUUACUGCUUAUAAAUGGUAAACAGGGGGAUAUAAAGUGUUACCAACAAGGUCAGUACCCAAACGUUAACUUGCAAAUAACAGGAAAGUCCCUGCUAGAUUUAUGGUGCAUAUUGCUAACACAAUACCCUUACGUACUAGAAUUGUUGUUGUUGACCAAGAUGGUGCCAGAAUAUUCGUGAUUUUCCACGUCUGACUACUGUACCAACCUUUCAGCAUUUUGAUGCCUGCUGUACUGAUGCCUGAUGGCUAACACUGCAAUGCAAUAAAGAUGAAUUUCUGAUCUA